UGCACCGCGGCGCUCGGCGCAUGACAACAGGCGUCCGCGUCCAGUGUGGCCGCCGCUUCUCUCUCUGAGAGUUUGUCGGAGGCGGUUGCCAUGGAGCCGGCCUGGCGACAACAGGGCAGGGGGCGUGGCCGGAGUCAGGAGGGUCCGGGUGAAAGGUCACGACCCCCGCAGAAGGAGAGAGAGAGGCCGGGGGCUCCCGCUGCAGGAGUGUGGGGGGGAGGACGAGGAGGGAAGACGAAGACGGUCACGACACCUGAACCCCAACAUGGUGUGUCGGUCCAAUCGAAGUUCGAGGAGAUCAGGAAGUCCAACCAGGCUGCUGCUCAGCGAUUGGUGGAGAGCCGCCUAAGCUCCUCCUCCUCUGAUGAGGACGACGACGAUGAUGAUGAAGAUGACGUAGAUGUCAAAGUUGACCAGAAGGAUGGAAAGAGAGGGAAGAUCCUGGCGUCGACCUUCACCACCUACACCGACCAGACAGGUGGUGAUGCUACAGGUCUGCUCAGAACCGGUCAGUAUGUCAGUGAUCUGUUUCAGUCUGGAGCUCUCACCUGUCUGAUCUGCAUCGGCUCCGUCAAGAGGACUCAGGCGGUGUGGAGCUGCUCCAGCUGUUUCUCUCUCUUCCACCUCCCCUGUAUUCAGAAGUGGGCCAGAGACUCGGCCUUCCUCGUCUCCUCCAUCACCGACGAAGACUUCGGUCAGAAGCAGCAUCCAUGGCCCUGUCCAAAGUGUCGAGCAGAGUAUCCACCCAGUGCCACACCCAACAGGUACAUGUGUUACUGCGGGAAGCUGCAGGAUCCUCCAGCUGAUCCCUGGUUGGCUCCUCACUCCUGCGGCUCCGUCUGUCAGAAGGAGCUCAAACCCAGCUGUGGACACACCUGUCUGCUGCUCUGUCACCCGGGUCCGUGUCCUCCGUGUCCAAAGAUGGUGUCUGUUUCCUGUUUGUGUGGCAAAGCUAAGCCCCUCCCCCGUCGCUGUAGCAACAAGGCCUGGUCCUGUCAGAAGCCAUGCAGCAAGUUGUUACCCUGCAGACAGCACACCUGUACACAACCCUGUCACACAGAGUGUAGUCCUUGUCCUAGAGUCAGUAUUCAGAGAUGUGUUUGUGGAAGAGAACAAGCAGAGAGAAACUGUGCCAGCCCUCAGUGGAACUGUCAGCAGGUGUGUGGUUCUCUCCUCUCCUGUGGGAAUCACACCUGUGAGGUUUUGUGUCAUGAUGGAGUUUGUCCUCCGUGUCCUCGCUCCGUCAGCAGAUCCUGUCCCUGUGGCAAAACCAAGUCCUCUCUGCCGUGCACAGAGGAAGUGUCACCGUGUGGCGACACGUGCGACCGCCGUCUGUCGUGUGGAAAACACACCUGUUCAAUGAGGUGUCACCGAGGGAGCUGUGAGACCUGCAGACAGGAGGUGGAGAAGGAGUGCCGGUGUGGUAAAUACAGGAAGUUUAUGCCGUGUCAUAAAGAAUACAUGUGUGACUCCAAAUGUCCAAAAACCAGAAGCUGCCAGAGACACCAGUGCAGGAGGAAGUGCUGCCCUGGUAACUGCCCUCCAUGCGACCAGAGCUGUGGUCGAACUCUGGGGUGUCGCAACCACAAGUGUCCCUCUGGCUGUCACCCAGGUAGCUGCUAUCCCUGUCCAGAGUCCGUGGAGGUCCCGUGUUCUUGCGGUUCCACCGUCCAGUCCGUCCCUUGUGGACGAGAACGGAGCACCAGACCGCCUCGCUGCAAAGAGACCUGCAGGCGUCCCCCGUCCUGCCACCACCCCAGCAGAGAGACCCACCGGUGCCACGCCGGUCCCUGCCUCCCCUGUCGGCUGCCCUGCCUGCUGCCGCUGCCCCGCUGCAGCCACACCUGUCCUCAGCCCUGCCACGACCAGGUGCUGGUCAAGUCCCAGCAGGUGCAGUUAGCCGGUCCGUGGGAGCAGCCGUCUGAACCGGCGUUUGUGCAGAAAGCUUUGCCGUGUCCACCAUGUCAAGUACCGAUACCAACGGCCUGUUUUGGAGAACACGAGGUCAGCCCGGUGCCGUGUCAUCGCCGCGGUCGGUUCUCCUGCAAACGACCUUGCGGACGACCUUUGACCUGCGGGAACCACGACUGCAGCCGGGAGUGUCACCUGGUUACCGACGGCAACAAGUGUGAGGUGUGUGAUGAGAGCUGCUCUAAGCCCCGCCCCCACGGCUGCCCUCACCCCUGCUCCCGACCCUGUCACCCCGGCAACUGCCCCACCUGCAGCCAGAUGAUCCGGCAACGCUGCCACUGCAAGAUCAGCAUUCUCUACGUGGAGUGCACGAAGUUGACCUCAGCUGAUCAACGGACGAAGGUGGAGUUGGGAUCCUGCAACAACCAGUGUCCUAAAGAGCUGAGCUGUGGUCAUCGCUGUAAGCAGGUGUGUCAUCCAGGUGUGUGUGAAGAGAAAUGUCAGCAGAAGGUGAAGCUCAGAUGUCCCUGCAAGAGGAUCAAGAAGGAGUUCCCAUGCUCGCUGUCGGAUCAGAGUGUCGUUCAGUGUGUUGACGCCUGCAGAGACCAGCAGAAGAAAGUCAUCCAGGUAAAAGAGGCGGAGCAGAGAGCAGCUGAGGAGGAGGAGCAGAAGAAACUUCAGGAGGAGCUGGAGGCGUUCGAGAAGCGUCAGCAGCGAGGAGGGAGGAGGAGCAAGAAGCGUGGGAGGAGGGAGGAGGUGGACGAGGAGGCGGGGAGGACGGGGAGGUGGUGGAGGAGGUGCGCUGUAUUCGUCCUCGUCCCGCUGGGCGGAGCUCUGCUGUCCGCCGCCUCCUACUACCUCCUGACCGAGGCCUGACCCGACACGUCAUCUCCUCUUUCACUUUGUUUCACUCUCUCUUGAUUCUGUCAAUUUAUUAAGUCCUUUUAUUUAAUGGAUGUUUUUCCAUUUACAAUUUUUAAUUCAGUUACAUUUUUUUUGGUGAAGGUUGAGUACGAUUUAAAAUUUAGUUUCCAUGCCAACAAAGAGCUAAACAUUUUAUUUGAAUUGUUCAACAAACUCAUCAGUGUUAAAUUUAGCAGUUAGAGCUGAUUAUUUUCUGAUUUUUUUUCUGUGUUAUCAUCUCAAUUAAUUGUUUGUUCUGUCUGUCUGUAAGACCAACAGUGCAAAAAUGUUUUACAUUUUUAAAGUUAAUUUUUAAGUCAGUGUGAAAAACUAGCGGAGUUUGUGUUUAACUUCCUGUCAGGAGGAAAACUUGCGUUGUUUUGUUUAGUUUUAGUUAGUCUUUUACUUUAUUCCUGAAAUGUAAAACAUUGUUUAGAAGUUUAGUUGUAAACUCAAUUCUCAUUUUUUCUGCCUGCCUUUUUCAAAUAUUUGAAAAAUAAAAUGUAUGAAUUGA